AUGGGCGUGACCUGUAAUUCAGCCCCUUCCAUGCAAACCAACUUGCAGUGGCAACCUUGGACCCAAACGCCAUCCCCUCGAAUCAACCAGUUAAGUGUGGUCACCUUCUCAUCCUCGAGGCCCGCCAAUCCUCCUUCACCAACACCAUCUCCGACAACAGCUCCCUACACCAUCUCCGACGACACCUCCCAAUCCUCCCUCACCAGCACCAUCUCCUUCGACUCCUCCCAAUCCUCCCUUAUCAACACCAUCUCCUUCCACACCUUCCAAGGCCUCAACGAGUUCGCCUGGUCCAAGCUCGUCCCCAAUAUAAUCGUUGCUGGUGACUACCAUGGUUCAGUCAUAUUCUUAAACCUUAGCCAUCCCCCUUCUCCCGUCCAAUUUUUUCCCAGCGAGCAGCACUCCUCCAAGAUCAGUACCAUCGACUGGAAUCCCAUCGACACUAGUUACUUCCUUACCUCUGGCAGUGAAGCUAAUGUCAAGGUAUGGACCCUUGUCGGAGGAAACAACAGUAAUAUCAGCAAUUUCAGAGAUGACCAAACAAUCUAUUCCUCCAUCUGGAAACCCAACGAUAGAAAGAACUUUGCAUGUGCUGGCCAUCGGAUCCUCGGCAUCAACGAUACCCGCAUGCGACAUUUCUUCUGUAUAGCUAGAUUUGAUCAGUAUCUCCGUUCUUGCGACUGGUGCAAAAACAAUGACAACUACAUCGCCACCGCCUCCGAAUUUGAUGGCCAGAUCAUGAUAUGGGACAUCAGGCACACCACCUACCCUUACAUGGUUAGUGAUAUUGAACUUGGCAGAGUCAUCGGCACAGGCAGCAGGCGCCUCCAGAAGGUGAAGUUCUUGCCCGACCUGGUGCACAAGAUCGCAUCAUGUUCGGAAGAAUCAGUGGCGUUGUGGAACUAUCGAGUGGGGGGGCCACCGAUUGACAAGUAUGUUCAUCAUGUGGAGCCUGUGUUUGGAUUGGACAUGAGUCCACACAUCAAUGGUCUCAUACCCAGCACUGGACUUGAUGGCCUUGUUCAUGUCUGGAAGAGGACGGAGGCUGCAUCGACUCUUUGA